AUGAUGCUUUCGUGUAUCAAAAACACCAAUAUUCUUGCCAGCCAAAUACAAUUAACACCUACGGAUGGAAAAGAAUUUUAUUUUGACAAUGAAACACUUGUAGGUAAAGUGAUAUUGAAAACGAAAGAGACCAUUUCAUCAGAGGAGUUAAGCUUAUCAUUUAUUGGCGAGUUGGUAACGAGUUACACAACUACUCCUGUAACUACUCAUUCAACUUCUACGACCAUUACAAAUACUGACAUAUUCCUUAAACAUGUGAUAGUGCUCUCUUCACAACCAAAUGAAGAAUCGACUUUAGCGGACACCGAAAAUUUCAACGCUUUCGAUUCUACACUUUCUCCCGUCUCCACAUUUUCUUUUACAUUCACAAUCCCUGACUCUUUGCCUCCAUCCAUUUUUGCUUUCGGUGGUCAUACUGGAUACUAUUUAUUGUUGGAAUUCAUGCCACACGGGGAAAAGGCAAAAGAGAUUAAAAAAUUACCAAUCACAAUUCGUUCCAGUGUUUUACCACCGGUGGAUCCUCAGGCAAAUACCUAUUCUGAAAAAAAAGGAAAUCUGUCUGUCAAUAUCAAAAUGGAACCAAGCUAUAUUUCAUCGGAAAAACCAGAAUUACCUUUCGAAAUCACAAUAAACAAUCCUGGCAAAGACACUAUCAAAAAAAUUAAAGUAAUAUAUACUCUGAAGCGUCAAGUAAAGACCAACAAAAAUCGGGACGACCUUGUUAAUGUAACAAUUAAUGCUACAUCGCACAUGCAAGAGGAGGACUUUCAUGGAAAGUAUUUGUUUGCACUACCACAAGCUGUGCUGGCAUCCUCCCCAUCUUAUACUUAUUCAGAGUCAUCCAAUAUAUCGGAUACUAUUAGGGUCCACUAUGUCUUGAAGGUUGAGAUUUGUGUCAAUGGGUGGUUUAAGAAUGUCAACUUCAAAAUCCCAGUUUUUGUAGCUAACAAGCAAUAG